UCUUUCCAGCUGGACUUGCAGCUGCAAGACGAGGCCGGUGGUGACAUUUCAAGUUUCAUAACGAACGGCGAAUGGGAUCUGCUAGGCGUGCCCGGUAAACGAAAUGAAAUCUACUAUAAUUGCUGCCCAGAACCUUAUAUUGACAUAACGUUCGCCAUUUUAAUACGACGGAAAACUUUGUACUAUUUUUUUAACCUAAUUGUGCCGUGCGUACUGAUAGCCUCAAUGGCACUGCUAGGCUUCACACUGCCCCCCGAUUCUGGUGAGAAGCUCUCGCUAGGUAAGUGUCGUAUGUCCGCACGCGUAGUGCUACCAGCACAAAAAUAAAAACAAAAAAAACAGUCGAAUUAAAUUAAAUGCAAAAUUA